AUGUCCUCUGCUCUGGAUCGCUCCAGUCGACCACCCAUUGGAAGUAUACGUCGAAGGACGAAAAAGGCGUGUGAAACCUGCAAGUUGCGUAAGCGGAAAUGUGACGGUCAUGAGCCAUGCUCAUUCUGCCUCAAAUACGAAUAUGACUGCGCGUACGAGGCUCAACCACGGAAGAAGCCAUCAAGGCCAAGCAUUGCAAGGCCUUCGACCAAGCCCCUUGAAAGGGCAUCCUCUCCAGCACUUGCGGCAAGGGCUGAUGUCAAUCAACAGCAGAUGGAGGCGAACUCAGGCACGGCAUUCCCUCACUUUUUGGGAAAGAGCUUGAACCCGCAGAACCCUCCAAAGGUGCACGGCUUCAGCUGGAACCUAGGGCUUCGACAUGAGCCCAUACAACAAUUCGCUAACAUCUCGAGCCUAGUCUCUAAAGAUGAGAUGAGUGCUCUUGUUGGCCAUUAUCUAGAACGUAUACACCCCAUAUAUGCUGUUCUCGAUCUUGAUAUGCUAGAGAAAAAGGUCGGACUGCGCUGGGAUAAUUCUAUCACUUUUGACAGCUAUGAUCCAGUUCUUUGCGGUGUUGCGGCCUUGGGAUCGCUUUACUCAGGCGAUAAUGGACAUAGGAACGAAGAAGCGCUGGUCCAGUGCGCAAAGGAAAUCUUGGAAGCAACCUGUACUAUGAAUAAACCACUCAUACACCAUGCUACUGGAUGGGUCUUACGUACCCUCUACCUGCGAAGCACCGGCUGUCCUCAUACCUCAUGGAUGGCCAGCUGCUCUGCAAUGCACAUCAUCGAAGCAGCAGGGGCACAUCAGGAUCCAGGGAUGAUCUCUCUGGUGUAUUCUGACACGGCGGAUGUUGGUGUCGAUGAAGAAAGUCAGCGCAGGCUAUUUUGGGUUGCGACGGUUCUAAAUACGUGGAUCUCGUAUGAAUAUGGCAGGUCUCGCGUCAUCUUACGAGGCAUUUCCUGCAAGCCACCUGUGCCACGAGCGGGAGAUUUGACUGCGGAACUGGUCUCAUUGUUCCAGAUUUCUCAGCGGCUGGAUCCCGAUCAGAACAAUAGACCUUCAGACCUUGAAGAUGUAUUAUAUCACGUCCAAAGUCUAACUCUUAGCCACGAUGCCUUGGUUCUGUCCCAAGCUAAUCUAGCACUUACGAUAUACCGUCGUCUCCGUGUGGCUGCUUCCAGUAUUUCAAACGAUGUCAUAAACUGCGUCAUUCGAAUGGGCAGUGACGGUACUGCUGCUGCGGUCCGUAUGUCUGAGAAUCGCAGUCCUUGGUGGCAUGUUGCCAAUGUUCCCUUUCAGUUUCUCUGCAUCUUGCUCGCAAUAGAUUCUAAGGAGUCAUUGUCACACGUGGGCCACGCCAUGCGCUCAUUCAAGACUAUUGGGAGCCACUUUAAUACGCCUACUGUCCACAUCGCUAUAGAGACCGUCGAUUCCUUAAUCAAGCUGUUACAAAGGAAGAAAGAGCGGGAAAUUAAUCUUCUAAGGGAUAGCAUCCAGGAUCAGGACUCAGGACCGUUUGAACGAAACUUAUCAUCUACGCAAGAGUACGGUUCGCCAUUGCAAGGAGGCUUAUUCGAUGGAAACAAUCUAGAAAUGAUAGACUGGGAUUGGAACGCCUUUUUCGAUGCCGAAAUACCACUCUUUGACGACAGGGGGCAUGGCGGGCAGAUGAGGUAUGGGUAA